AAACAACCAAAACUAGUCAAGGACCCCUGCCCUCUUUCGAUCUGCUUCUCCUCUCUGGGCCGUCAUCGCAGUUCUCUUCUCCUCGCCUUCUCUCGGCUAGCCAAGGAGACCGUUCGUAUCGAACUAAAUCGACCGAGAAGGUUUCGAUCUAGGAGAAACGGAGGAUGGCGCUGGCCCUAAGCUCCGCCGGCGACGGGCACGACGGUGGUUUGGCGACGGCUACGGCGGG